AGAAAAUCGAUAAUGUCAAAUGAUGGAAGUGACCAUAGCGACGACGAGGAAGAAAGUUUCUCAAUGGUUCGAGAAGCAACGAAUUUUUUUCUGGAUAGGAGAAGGGACGUAUACAUUAACUCUGUACUCGAACACAUAGGAGGCUUUGAGAAAUGGUCUCAAUUGAAUAAUGAUUGUCAACGAACAGUAGUUAAAUUUUUGGAUUAUAAGUCAAGAUGUCAACUUGCAAUAUGCUCAAAAAUCGAUUAUGACCUCGUUAACUCGGUUCCCAUGAACAUCCAUGGAAUAGGAUUUUCUGAAGAAUAUGAACAUCCAUCAGUGAAAGUUUGUGUAGAGUUCGAAAAAAACUCAAAUAAAAAGUUUGAGUUAAUUUUCGAGCAAUCAUUAAAUGAUACUGAGAUCAAAUGGACGAAGUAUUCCAAUGUUUUGUUACCGGAAAAACAUUGUAUUGUCAUUGAGAAUAGCAAAUAUUAUGAAGAAUCUGUGAAAUUUGUUGAAAAAUGGAUGAAGAAGUGUUGUUAUGGAGUUUCAUCUGUCAAAGUUGGAAUGGACAACUAUCCUCUUGAAACAAGUCAUAUCAAAGACUUACCCAACUGUAGAGAUGUGAUGUUAAACUUGAAAAAUGAAAAUUCUGUGAGAUGGUGGCUGAACAAAAUGCCACAUCACAUGCAUGACUUACAUAUUUCACCAGCAACAUUUAGAGAACAUAAUGAAGUCACACUGUCACCAGAUAUACUCACACUACCACAGAUAACCAACUGCGAGAAAUUGUACCUUUACCACAAAACCAAUAUCUCGAAUGAGCAAUUUUUUGAAUUAAAAGCAAAGAAAUGUAGUUUCAAUUCUUCAAAUAUAACGGAUGAAGCAAUCAACAAAUUUAUAAAGAAUUGGAUAAACGGGAAAUCUGUGGAAGGGUUUAAAGAAGCGUUUUUAUGGCAAAGGUCUACUUCAAAUACAGAAGAAAUUACAAAAGGAAUUGAAAUCAGACCAUGGAAUGAACAAUUUCAAAGAGAAAAUGCAAAAUUCUGGUCGGAUUUCUCUGAAUAUUGUUAUAGUGGAAGAUGUUAUCAAAUAUCAAGUAAUAUUAAUCCAUACAAUAGUAUGACUCUUAAUUUCAUCAAUAACUGCGUUUCGAUUCAUGUCACUGGAUUGGCAAAGAAGAAAAAUGGAAUGCCUUAUACUAAAUAUGUAUCACCAAAAUCAUAUACUUUCUGUAAUCCAAUACGCUUGUAAGCUGCUCCGAUUUUGUAGAUUUGCACAUUUUAGAAAAUGAUUUUGUAUUAGUUCAAUUGUAUGUAACUUCCAUGAGUUCUGCAAAGAAACGACUUUUGUACUCUGCUUUUAAAGAUUUCUACAAUAAAAACAGACAGGAGAUU